UAAAUUUUAUUUCUAUUAAUUGAUUCCUAUUCUAAAUUUCAUUUGUUUUAAAUUACUGAUAAUUGUUAUUUUAGUUUGAUUCCUAACUUUAUAUUUUGUGUCGUUUUACACAUUAAAAUAUUCAUGCAUUUUCAUAAUUUUUCUUAAUUUUUCUCUAUAAAUGAACGAAACUAUAUUUGUUCGUUAUUAUCGCAAAAUUUCUAAUAACCCUAAGAGCCUUAGGUCCUUUAUUUACUAUUCUUCUAUCUUGAUUCGUUUAGCUUUGAUCGCAUAUUCGAGCUUCCAUAACCUUAACUUUGAUGUAAAGUAUACUGACAUUGACUAUUUGGUCUUUUCUGAUGCCUCUAGGCUUGUUUUGGGUGGAAAAUCACCUUAUGAUAGACACACAUAUCGCUACACUCCCAUUCUAUCUUAUUUGAUGGUUUUUAACCAUUUCCUUUUUAACGAUUUUGGUAAAUUGUUGUUUUCAGCAUCAGAUUUGCUUGUCGGACUUGUAAUUGAGAAAACUCUCAGUGCAACAUCUGACCUUAAGCGUUAUCUACUUUCGGCACUCUGGCUUCUUAACCCUUUUGUAAUCGUCAUAUCUUCCAGAGGCAAUGCUGAUACCAUUAUCUGUCUGAUUAUUCUUUCAUCAGUUUACUUUCUUAAAAAGGGGCAUAUCUCUACAUCAGCUCUCCUGUUUGGGUUGUCGGUUCACUUUAAACUGUACCCUGUAAUUUACGCUGUACCAUUUGUUUUUCAUUUAUAUUCCGAUAAAUUGCUCAUUAGGUUAAAAUCGGAAUACUCAAACAAGGGUAAAUUUCUAAGAAGACUCCCCUUACUCCUAAUCACUAACAUAAACAUGAAACAAAUUAAAUUUGCCAUUUUAAGCUUUCUAUCAUUUGCGUUUUUCACAUACUUAACAUACUACUUUUAUGGAUUUGAAUCCAUAUACGAGUCUUACCUUUACCACUACCUGAGGAAAGACCACAGGCAUAACUUUUCCAUAUAUUUCAAUCUCAUGUACUAUAUUGUUGACACAAACAUGAAUUUGAAUCUGUUUGUAUCGUUUGUGCCUCAAGUUUUUUGCUUUUUACUCUUCUCUCUUCUGGCAUUCGUUGAUCUGACACUUUCACUAUUUAUGAUGACGAUUUCCUUCGUCUCACUCAACAAAGUCCUAACAUCGCAGCACUUCCUCUGGUGGAUUUGCCUAAUCCCACUAGUCCUGAGUAAAAUUAACCUAACCUUCAAUAACAUGCGGUACUUUCUUUUGUCCGUUGCUUCACUGUUUGUGUUCAAGUUUUUCUGGCUUUUUAGUGGAUACAGGCAGGAGUUCCUGGGAUAUUCAUCAUUCAACGAGAUGCUGUUUUCGUCAACCUUUCUCGUGAUCUCUCACAUGCUUGUUGCAUGGACUCUUUUGUACAAUUGCUACUCUAAAAAAGGAAUACAAAAGUCUGAAUAAAACCUUAAAAUUGUGUUUUCUAAACAAUAAUUGAAUGUUAUAAUUGUUC